UCUUCCUCUCACUGCAGUAACUCUUGUCUCCCCGUCUUUGCGUGCAGCUCCUCAGGUGCUUAGCGUCCGUCAUUCCAGCCCUCCGCCAUGGCCGACAAAAACACCAGGAUCGCCAUCGUUAACCACGACAAAUGCAAACCCAAGAAAUGCCGUCAGGAGUGCAAGAAGAGCUGCCCGGUGGUCCGCAUGGGUAAGCUGUGUAUCGAGGUGACUCCACAGAGUAAAAUCGCCUGGAUCUCUGAGUCUCUGUGUAUAGGCUGCGGCAUCUGCAUCAAGAAAUGUCCGUUCGGCGCGUUGUCGAUCGUCAACCUGCCCAGCAACCUGGAGAAGGAAACCACACACAGAUACUGCGCCAACUCCUUCAAACUGCACCGACUGCCGAUCCCUCGGCCCGGUGAGGUUCUGGGUUUGGUGGGGACCAACGGUAUCGGCAAGUCGACGGCUCUGAAGAUCCUGGCCGGAAAACAGAAACCCAACCUGGGCAGAUACGAUAAUCCUCCAGACUGGCAGGAGAUCCUGACCUACUUCAGAGGGUCUGAGCUGCAGAACUAUUUCACCAAAAUCCUGGAGGACGACCUGCGGGCCAUCGUCAAACCGCAGUACGUCGACCAGAUCCCAAAGACUGUCAAG